AUGGAUUUUCCCUAUAUCAAACAGCUUUGCGAGCUCUCAAAAAAAGGAGACUUGGAAAGCAUCCGGCGUUUGUUGGACAAGCACAGAAAGGACUUUGAUGAGGGUCAGAUCAAGGAAGCAAUGGAAAGGGCAUUAUUUGUAGCUUCUGAAUUCGGACAUCUGGAGAUCGUUCAAUUUUUUGUGAACUAUGGAGUCAAUGUCACUAUCAGAGAUGGGGAUGGGGUAAAUAAUUAA